CGAGGGCUCAGGACUUCCUGUUUGCUGUCAGAAGAAAGUUGCUGGUGGGUGGUGACGAAAUUGCCUGAGCAAAAUACAAACAAUGGGAAAGAAACACAAGAAACACAAGUCGGAUAAACACGCAUAUGAAGAAUAUGCAGAGAGACCACUCAAGCUGGUCCUAAAGGUCUCCGGCAAUGAGGUGACCACUGGGAGCUCCAGCCGCGACACUUUUUAUGAUGACCAGUCGCCGGACUGCGAUAAGACCAAAGACAAGAAGAAGAAGAAAAAGAAGGACAAAGAGAGGAACUGUGGAACACCCGACAGCGACAAAGGAAAGAAGAAGGUGAUCAAAAAGAAGAAGGGCCAAGAUGGGGAUGGGGAAGACGAACGGGAAAACUGCAGGACUCCCAUCCGAUCUGAGCUGGAUAAACUGGAAGCAGAAAAAGAACAAACUCCUCUACAGGAAGCGUUGAACCAGCUGAUCAGACAGCUCCAAAGGAAAGAUCCCAGCGCGUUUUUUACCUUCCCCGUGACGGAUCUGAUUGCUCCGGGCUACUCGGCCGUCAUCAGGCAGCCAAUGGACUUCAGCACCAUGAAAGACAAAGUCAAGAAACAAUGCUACACUUCUUUGGACGAGCUCAAGAUGGACUUCAGGACAGUGUGCGAGAACGCCAUGGCCUACAACAAGCCCGAAACCAUCUACCACAAAGCCGCUCGCAAGCUGUUGCACUCGGGCAUGAAGAUCCUCAGCAAGGAGCGUCUGGAGAGCCUAAAGCAGAGCAUUGAGUUCAUGUCCGGUCUGAGUCCGUCUGACAAGGCCACCGGGAAGUUUCAGGUUCAAGGGCUGCCCUGCUUGGUGACCAAAAGAGAAGCCAGCACAGAGAGCAGCGAGCGCUCGCAGACACCAGGCACACCCAGACCAGACAAGGACGCCAAAGAAGAAGAAGCGGAAAAAGAGCUGGCGGAAAUCCGCAAGGUCAUCGAAGAGUCUGGGGGGAAACUGUCCAACCGAGUGCUGCAGUGCGACUUGGAGUUUCGCAGACAGAGGCAGUGUGAUGGCUCCACCACUCUGGCUUUUGUCAACCCAGCCGAUCCUUCUGCUGGAGAAGCGGGAUAUUGCUCCGUCAAACUGGGCAUGAUGUCCACCCGUCUGCAAAGCGGCGUUAACUGCCUCCAGGGCUUCCGGGAGGACAAGAGAAACCGCGUCACACCAGUGUGCUACAUGAACUACGGGCCGUUCACGUCUUACGCGCCCGCCUACGACUCCAGCUUCUCCAAUGUUAGCAAGGACGACUCAGACCUCAUCUACAGCCUCUACGGGGACGAGUCCAGCCUCCAGGGCUCGGACAGCUUGUCAGAGUUUCUGUCCAAGUCGGAUGAGUACGUCUACAAAAUGGCCGAUAACCUUCUGGAUGCCCUGACCAACGGCGAGCAUUCAAAAACGCUGAAGGAGACGGAAUCACAGGUGGAGGAGCUGUCACAAGAGGACAAAGCUGACACAGAAGCAUUCCAACCGGACACAGGCUGCAGUAAAACGGAGCCUCUCGCUGCAGACGAGCUCCCUGGAGCAGACGUGCAGCAGAAAUUGGACGAGACCACGCGGCUACUCCGAGAGCUGCAUGAAGCACAGAGGGAACGUCUGAGUGCCAAACAACCGCCCAACAUGAUUUGCCUGCUGGCGCCCAGCACCAAGGAGCUGGAUCUGGCCGAGAAGGUGACGGGCAACCUGGCCGAGUUGGCCGGCCAAGUGGCACCACGCGACAUCAGCAGCGUUUGGGCCAUUAGGAAGGCCAUGGGCAUUGCGCUUCCUCCUGAGAACCUCAUUGACCUCACCACAGUGCGUGAGACGAUUGAACCCAUGGAGACCUCGCCAAGUUGUCAGGAUGCACUGCCGGUCACUGCUGUUUAGUAACUUCAAAAAUGUUUUUUUUUUUUUGUACAAAAACAGAAAAUACUCAUUGUGUGACAUUCAAUAAACUGUUUUUAAUUAAUA